CGAUGUUCCUUCUAGGCGAGCGGAGGCCGCGUGACUCGAUGGUUCGGCGAAAGGAAUCAGCUGCGGAGACGGGGCCUGGCGGAGCGGAGCCCGUAUUGUCGUGGCUUCUCGGUCCGGUCGAAGAAGAGGGAUCGAGGAAAUGCGAAGGGUGCUGAUGGAAUCACUCUUCAUUCUCUAAACAGUGAUACAAGGGAUUUUAUGUUUUAAGACAUCUGUGGGUUAUUUAUAUAUUUCUAUGCGGCAUAUGGGCUGUUGCUUCAGGAAUGGCUCCCCAGUUCCGCAGUUAUGUUUGGGAUCCUGCUCUUAUCAUUUCUCAGAUCAUGCUCAUGCAGGCAAUUUAUUACGGCAGUCUGGGGCUUUGGUUGGCUCUAGUAGACAGUCUGGUACAGAGCAACCCUUCACUAGACCAGAUUUUCAGUUAUGAGGUUUUGGGAUUUGCUACCUCUCCUGGGAGACUUUCAACAAUGGCAUUUAUCCUAAAUGCACUCACCUGUGCCGUUGGUUUAUUGUAUUUUAUUCGACGAGGAAAGCAGUGCUUGGAUUUUACCGCCACCGUUCAUUUUUUUCACCUGUUGGGCUGCUGGAUUUACAACGGAUCCUUUCCAACAGCUUUGACCUGGUGGCUUGUACAUACUGUGUGCACAGCACUUAUGGCUGUGAUUGGGGAAUACCUCUGUAUGAGGACAGAACUGAAAGAAAUCCCAUUAAAUUCAGCCCCCAAAUCCAGUGUAUAGGCCGUCAGGGGCACCGUGUUUCUCCAUCAGUAUCAGCAUCUUGGUGCUAGUUUCUGAAACGUGGAAAUGCAACUGAAGAAAUCCAGAGGGCCUUAAGUAUAUUAGCUGUGAGACUGACAUUUGCAACACUUUGGUAGGCCAAGGUGAAUAUAGAUUUUACAUAACUCAUUUGUAUUACUAUGCAGACGUGCCCAAUUGGCCAAGGUGAUCAGACUCCAGUGUUGGAUAAAAUGCAUAAAAGACAAGGGAAGCGGACUGAUUUUGAGAAUUUUAAGAAGCAAGCGAGUGAGUGUGAUGGUCACAGUUUCCCUUCUCUAUAAUGUGAACAUCAGUUGACUAGAGAACUCCAACAAUUGCACAAUAGACACUUUGUUCCCUUUGUUCCCUUCAUAUAUCUGAUACUUGUUUUACUUCCACUUUUUGAAUUAAAGAAUCAAGGAGAUCAAACAAUGCAGAAAGGCACCAUACUAUUAUUCACUUGGCCGCUCAGAUUCCAGAAAGCUUAUUAACAGCAAAGAGUAAUGUGACUGUAUUUAUUGGACUGAAAAAAAUUACUAUUUUAUUUAAUAAAGACUUCAACUUUUGUAUUGAUCAGGCUGGAUUGUAUCACCUAAUACCAUGAUGGCAAACUUAUGGCACCUGUGCCACAGGUGGCACGCAGAGCCAUAUUGGUGGGCAUGCGAGUUUUGCCCUAGUUCAGCUCUGAUGCGCAUGCGCACGCCGGCCAGCUGAUUUCCGGCUCUUCCAGGCCCACCGGAAGUUGGCAAACGGGCCAUUUCCCGCCUCCAGAAGGCCUCUGGGGGAGUAGGAAAGGCCGUUUUUGCCCUCCCCAGGCUCCAAGAAAGCCUCUGGAGCCUGGGAAGGGUGAAAAAUGAGCCUACCGAGCCCACCGUGCCAUUGUAGUGCCAAAAGUGGGGGAAACGUGGGGGGGGGUCAUGUGUGCAUGGGGAGGGCAUUGAAUUAUGGGUGUGGGUAUGCAUGCGUGUGACCCACCCCACCCCCCCACAUUCCCCAAGCUUUUGGCACACGACGGCAAAAAAGUUUGCCAUCAUUGACCUAAUAUUACAAUAGAAAUGAGAAAGUCAUCAGUUGGUAAUAUUCCAUCAGUUGGAAAACCAUGGCCUAGACACUUUUAAACUACUGGCUUCAAAAAGGUGAACAAGGACUAAACUAACCACUCUUGUUCACAAUCUGACAUAGAGAGGUAACUGCCCCUUGGUCACAUACUCUGAGACAGGAGAUGCUUCAAAUGAGUCCUCUUGUUUACUGCAAUGAAUGUUUUAUCUUGAAGAUUCACUGUUCAUAACCAAGCUGUUGUGCAGGGCACAAAAACAGGAUGGUUAAUUUUUUUUGUAACUACUAAUUCCUGUCAAGAUAAACUUGUUUUGCAUAUAA